AUGACAUCAGCACCAAUUGAUGGUAUUAAACGUUCAAAUGUUUGCGGAGAUGGAUAUCGUAUUGAAGGAGCAUUACUUAAAUCUUAUCCAUAUGCUAAAAGUGAAUCCUAUUUACCGUAUGAAGAUUGUUAUAUGACAUUUAAAUCUCGUCGACAAGAUAAUCAAAUACGUAUUCGUAUAUUAUCAUUAGAUCUCAAUGAUAUUCAUGGUGGUGUUAAUUGUUUAGAUUCACUUCGUUUUUAUAAAUCAGCAUAUGUUAAUCGAUUAGAUAAACUUAAUACAGUUGAAUGUGGACAAUUAACUGAAAAAGAAAGAUUUACUGUUAUUUCACCAACAGGAAUUGUUACUGCUCAUUUUUCAACCGAUGGUGGAAAUGUUAGUGGUAACGGUUUUCGAGUUGUUCUUACUGCCUUUCGUUCUCCAAAUAAAACACAUCCUUGUGAUGAAAAUAACGAAGAAUUUCUUUGUAGUAAUCAAGAAUGUAUUAGUAAUAUACUCUUAUGUGACGGUGUGCCUCAUUGUUUGGAUGAAUCUGAUGAGUCACCACAUCGUUCAUGUACUUCUAGUAAUGCUGAAUCUUCAAAUAGUGGUAAUAUUGAAUCAAAUAAUCGUACAAGAACAUCUAAACGUCAGCAUUGGCGUGGCAUUCUGAUAGCUGCUUUUUUACUUAUUAUCUUAAGUGUAUUUAUAUUCUUCUUGGUCUAUUUUGUUUGCCGUCGUUUUUUUCGUUCACCAGUGCCCUUAAUGAAAAGUGAAAGAAAAAAUUAUGCAACUAUAUUAAAUUCUCCUAAAACUGGACCGAAAACAACAACUGCAACAACGACAACACAAGUUAUUCUUGAAAAUAAUAAAUCCACUGGGAAACGUCUUGAUGAUGAUUAUAGUUUAUUAUAA